CUGAGAGCGCUUUCUGUUCGCUUCUCGAGUCUCAGUUCAGUCACAGGGUUCGUGGCGUGCGUUUGAGUUGUUUGUUGUAGUGACGUGCCGCGAGUGUGCCCGAGUCAGCUGUAAGUGCAGUGCCUUCUGGAUACUACGUGCCAUCGAGUCAGGAUGGGGAGGGGCAGCAUCAGCAUAUUGCUGCUGAUCUCCCUCAGCCUUAGCAGCGUCAGCAGCCGUCCACCCUCAGACCUUCAACUGCACGAGAGUCACACAGACUAUGUGGUGGAGGCAGGGCGGAGACUGGUGGUGGACUGUGGGGAGACCGUCGCAGGGCAGAGUGGUCCUGUUUCUUGGCUCAAAGAUGGAACGCCUCUCAAACCAAACUCCAGGAUUUCAUUUACUUUGAACAAGCAAAGGAUGAAGAUUCGCAACGUCUCACAGAAGGACAAUGGAGAGUACAGCUGCCAAGUUAGAGGUGAGAAGGGUGACAGAUACAACAUGAGUCUAUCUGUGCUCGAGCUGGUCUCAGAAGUGGACAGACCAUCACUUCCACCGAUACUCAGCAGCCGCAGAGACCCUGAGGAUGAUGGCAUGAACCAGCUGAGCCUGGAACAAUCUGAAGGAGAGGGUAGAGCUCCUGUGUUUAGCAACCCUUCUCUCAUGCACAACAUGGUAGCUGCACUCCUCGGCAGCAACUAUACACUUACUUGUGCUUCUGACGGUCUGCCGACCCCGGAAGUAUCCUGGUACAAGAAUGGCCGCCAGAUGCCAGCUGCCUCUGUCAACCUCACUGUGUUGGUGUCCGAGUCUGCCAACUAUACUUGUAUAGUCAGUAACUCCUUGGACUCACUCACUCACACCACACAACUGCAGGCCUAUCGAGAUAAGAGCUCUAUGCCAAUCAUUGUAGAGACGCCUAGUAAUACAACAGUGCGUCCUGGCAGUACGACCUGGUUGAUCUGCAAAGUGUCAUCUCUGGAGGACAGCAAGAUUGAGUGGCUUAGACAUGACAACUUCCCUCCUCACCGCUUCAACCGCAGUGACCCUGAACUUCAGUAUAUUAACAAAGCCGAUCGGUACGAUCCCCAGCGACUGGUCUUGGAAAAUCUGCACAUGUCAGACAACGGUUGGUAUACCUGCAUGGUGACCACCCCCCGGGGCACGGACUACAGCAGCGUCUGGCUACAGGUGGCUCAAGCAGCAGGUGAGGAGUCUGUGUCUCCUUCUUUAGCCCUAGUGGACACUGAUACUGAAGACCUGGACACGGGAGACAAGCAGUGGACUGCCGGAGCACACAACACUACUGGUAUUGACACUGCACCACACUUCACCAGGCUGGACAAGAUGCACCGUAUUGUCGUCAAACCUGCUGGCAACAUGAUGAGGCUUAAGUGUCCUGCUGAGGGCAACCCUAUACCCAACAUCACUUGGUACAAGGACGGAAAAACUCCGGAGAGGAAUUUGGGUAACAUCCGCUAUGGCCCACGGUCCAUGGUGCUGGAGGACCUUGUUGUCUCUGAUUCAGGCAACUACACCUGUGUCGUCUGCAACAUUUUAGGCUGCAUCAACUUCACCUUCAGUGCAGAGAUUCAUGAGAGGUUCCCACACAAGCCCUACAUCAAGGAUGGCUUCCCCCGGAAUGUGACCGCUCUUGUCAACUCUUCUGUGAGGUUCGAGUGUUCGACCAUCUCUGACCUAGAACCCUAUGUGCAGUGGAUGCGAGUCAGCUUCAAACCUGGGGAUGAUGACAAGAUGCCAAAUGGCACAGAAAUAUUCGAGCAACAAUCCGAGGAUGCAGAAGUUCUCAAUCUGUACAAUGUUACUCACGAAGAUGAGGGUUGGUACACCUGCAUAGCCUCCAACAAUCUUGGAAACACUGUGGCCAGUGCUUACCUCAGUGUAGUUGAUGAACUGGUGGAGCCUCCAGUGCUGGUAGUCCAGACUGCCCAGCCCAUGGUGGUCAUUAUCCUUGCUGGAGUUCUCUGCACCAUGUUUCUGCUGGGGAUCUGUAUCAUGAUGAAUGUGUUCCGGCGGCUCAAGAGGGAAAAACUGAAGAAGAUCCUCGCAAUCGAAACUGCCCGAGCAGCCGUUGUAACACAGUGGACAAAAAAAGUGAUUGUUGAGAAACAAACAUUGGCUAAUGAUCAGGAUGCAUCUCUUUUGCUGCCUGUAGUCAAGAUCGAGAAACAAAAGUCCCGAAGUAACAAGAUGGACUCAGCAGUGUCAGAAUACGAGCUUCCCUUGGACUGUGACUGGGAAUUCCCACGGGAUCAGCUGACACUGGGCAAGACCCUAGGAGAAGGGGCUUUUGGAAAGGUCAUUAGAGCAGAGGCUCAAGGGAUCCUGCAGCAAGGAAUAGCAACUGUAGCUGCAGUCAAAAUGCUCAAAGAGGGUCACACUGAUACUGAGAUGAUGGACUUGGUAUCGGAGAUGGAGAUGAUGAAGAUGAUUGGAAAACAUCGCAACAUUAUCAAUCUGCUGGGCUGCUGUACGCAGGAUGGCCCGUUGUUUGUUAUUGUGGAGUUUGCACCUCAUGGAAACCUGCGAGAUUUCUUGCGGCAACACCGACCCUCAUCUGGCUAUGAACCAGCCAUUGGAUCCAAUGUCAAAGACCGCAACACAUUAACACAGAAGGACCUGGUAUCAUUCGCCUUUCAGGUUGCUAGAGGCAUGGAGUACCUGGCGUCCAGAAGGUGUAUCCACAGAGACCUGGCAGCUCGUAAUGUGCUGGUCAGCGACAACUAUAUCCUAAAGAUUGCAGACUUUGGUUUGGCCAGAGACAUCCACAGCCAUGACUACUACAGGAAGACUACAGAUGGAAGGCUGCCAGUCAAGUGGAUGGCACCUGAAGCUCUGUUCCACAGAGUAUACACCACCCAGUCUGAUGUAUGGUCAUAUGGAGUGUUGUUGUGGGAGAUCAUGACACUGGGAGGCACUCCAUACCCCUCCGUGCCUAGCAUGGAGAAACUGUUCCAGCUGCUGAGGAGUGGCCACAGGAUGGAGAAACCUCCUUGCUGUUCACUAGAAAUUUACAUGCUGAUGCGAGACUGCUGGAGCUAUCAGCCCAAUGAAAGGCCUAUGUUCAGUGAACUGGUGGAGGACUUGGACAGGAUACUGACCAUUACAGCAAAUGAGGAGUACCUAGACCUGGGAUUACCACAGCUGGACACACCCCCUUCCAGUGAAGAGUCCAGUGUUGGAGAGGAACAGUUCCCUUAUCUGCUGUAGACCAGAUGUUGGAUAUAACAUCACACUUUAAUAGGAACAAAUUAGUGAAGGCUCUGACUACCAUGUGCCUGGAUUGUGCUUUGUGCCUUCAUUGCAGCUCUUCUGAAAAUUUACAACUCUGCAAGACUGAGCAAUGGUGCUAUUAACGUGAUAACUGGACUUACAUGCUGAUCUCAGCACCUCCCUAACAACAUCUUCGAAAACAGUCCAGAAGAAUUUUGUAUGAUAAUGUUUAUUAGUUACAACCAUCAACCAACUUUAGAUUUGGUGUCAAAAUGGUAUUCAGUGCAAAAUCAAUCUAAUUCUUAAAGGUUUAAAACACAUUACUAUUGUUCGGAUUAUGGCAAACUAAUGCAUUGUAUUAUAGAUAGAUUGUAUAAAAAGAUUAUCGUCUAUCUAUAGCCUUGUCUAGUCGGUAUAUCAGGUAUAUCAGUUAUUGCGUCAGGCAACAAUGAGGGUUUCCUUCUUGGAUAAUGACCAUAUAUCAGCUCCAACUUUUCCCGCUCACAUUUUCCGUCCAUCUGUCCGGCCAUUGGUGUUGGUUUGGAAGUUACUUUUAGUUGUUAGUCCAUUGAUUAACACUUGGAACUGAAACCCAUUGUGGUAUGGCUGUUCCAUAAUGAUAAAAAUGGGCUGUACAAUUUCUUCCUUUAAGAGCCAUCUGUAACCAAAUGAUUUUGAAUUUUUUACAUAUGAACAAUGUCAUUCCUUUAACUAUUGUUUGGCAUCUUCUUUAUUUAAGUUGUGAAAUUUCACAAGACUUUUAAUUUGAAGAUAUAGCUUAUACGAGUAAACAUCCAAAUACCUUUGAAGGAUUUUGUCAAAUAUGUAGUGUUUUGUAAUUUAGCAUUUUAUUUAAAGAAACUUUGAGAUCAUUUGAAAAAUAACCAGCAAUACAGUAGUUUGUAGUAUGUAUAUGAAUGAUGCAUUAAAAUGAGAUACACCACAAAAAAUACGAAACGGAAUACAAAAAUUAGUAAAAUGGUUUAAAGUUUACACUGUUCUUAUGGCACAAAAAUCAAAAUGGUCAUCAAUAAAGCUGGUUCGCCAUCAUCCACUAUUAAUAAUAAUAUAUUAAUAAAUGUUUGUAGGAAUAAUAUGGAAGCUGAAGAGUGGUCAACAAUCUUAGCAUUUGUCAUAGAUAAGAGAGUAAGUUUUAAUGUUUUUAGUGAUUUUCCAUUACUGUUACUAUACCUUUUGUAUGUUAUUUGAUUUGCUGAAGAAAAUGGUUUUGUUAAAGUUUUAAGAUUUGUUUUUGUUUUAAAUGUAUAUUAUUAUAGUUUAUAUUGAUAUUUGUAAUUUUCUAUGUUGUAUUACUGUCAUUAUUGUAUUUAAAAGGCAGAAAAUCACUAUCCUUUACAAAUUCUUUACUUUUGCUAAAUUCUGUAAUUUUUUAAUUACAAUAAUUAAUUUAUAAAAUGUGUUAAGCAAAGCUGGACCUUGCAGUAGUUGUACUAAGUGAUUUUAAAGUGUGCUUUAUACUGUUAAAAAUAAAUUAUUCUUUCUUUAAGAAUUAUUCAAAUGCGUUAUUUGAGUAUCAAUUAAUUAGACAUGUGUUUAUAAAAACUUGAUUAGCUUAUUGUGGCCAUCUGCUGUUUAAGCCCAACUUUAAGUUUCUUUUUGAACCUAUUUUGUAAAUUUAUCAAAUAUUAACUCACAUUUCUGCUUGUCCAUUAUUAUUAUUAUAAUUAAUAAAUUUAAAUAUAGUUUCAAAAUUAAAAACAAAUGAAAAUAAUAUAGAGAACAUUGUAAAUGUAUUUGUUUUGAACUUAACAUGUAGAAUCAGUAUCCAUGAAAUAAUUGUGGCUAUAAAUGUUUUAGCAACGUAAAAAAUUGUAAUAGUUACUGUGAUAUCUGUCUUUUAAUACCAUAGUAUAUAUUUGUCAUGUUGUUGUAAAUUAAUUACAGUAUAUAUUAUAUUAUUCUUAUGUUUGUAUAAUAUUGUAUAUGACAGAAUAAUUAAUUAAAUACUUGUUUUAGUUAAGUGUUAAAAUGAAAAAUUACCGAUUACGUUAGGUUAAUUAACCUAAUUUAUGAUAGUCAGUAUACUAUAACUUAAGUAUAUCCAUGUAUGAAUUAAUGUGCAUUUAAAAUUUACACUAUGUAACAUUGAAGUCUGUCUGUGCCUUGUACAGUAUCUUAUUAAAGAUGUUCUGAUACAAAAAUAGAUAGUAAUAUUUUCUGAUGAAACACUGUUUAUCAAAUAGAAAUGUUAAAAAUGCAACUCAGCAACCUGAAGGAUGUCUAAAACUAUUGAUUUAAAAUGCAUUAUUUUACAAAUAGAAGCAUACUUGUGUAAUGCCAAAAUUUGCUUUGUAAUUAUUUCUUUGACUACCAUAUCAUUAUAAAUAAUUGGCUAGUGCUUUUGUUGUUCCAUGACAGAAGUAUCUGUGCUUUUGUUGUUCAGUGCAUACAGUUGUUAGAAUAGCUGUCUGUUAAUUGUGAGGCCAGUAUUAUUAUUGUUUAUGAUGUAUAUAAGAUAUAUUAUAUUUGUGUGUCUGUCUCAUUGAUGGUUCAACAAAGUUCGGUACUUAGAGGAGGUUGAUCUCAGUCGGAUUUAUUUAUUACUUUUUUUGUUAGUUGAGUAAUUCUGAGGAUGUAUAUCAAAACUGCUAAUGAUCCCAAAGAAAGAUAAAAAUAGUCUUGUGUUUAAUUAUUAAUAUUAUUCGUAAUAUUUCUUGUUUAUGCCACAGUGAAAGUAAUAUGCCUCUGCAACAUGUUAAGUCAAUUCAACACUAUCCAGAUGACUGUAUCAAGAUGACUAUGAAUGUAAAACUGCAAAGAAUUUUUAAAACACAAUGAAAAAAUUCUGGAAUAAAAUGUUGCUAAAUAUCUUCUAAAUACAGCAUCUAAUGUUUUUCCAUAUCUCAUGGUUCUUAUAUUUUUAGCGUUUGACAUUGUUAAAUUUAGUUUACCUUUUAUAAAGUCAAUUAAUAGUUUUGACGUUUCUUCAGCAACAUUUGUAUUAAAAUCUGUUUUUACGUAACUUAUUUUAAAAUUGAAUGUAACGUCCAAAUGUGAUUGAAUAAAGGAUAUAAUCAUAACCAACAGAAAGACUAUUUUUCUUCCAGGAUUAAAUUGCGCUAG